AUAGUUCGUAAAGGUGUUGCUGAUUGUGGUGUUUUAAAUCGGGUGUCUCUUUCUCACUAGAGCAAUUCUUUCGAUAACAAGUCAAGUGGGAGGAGAAUAAUAAAAGUUUUCUUAGUUGAUAUUUAUUUUGGUCGGAUAAUGAUGCUUUUUUAUGUGUCGAAUUUGACGUAAAACAACUUCAAUUUGAUCCAGCUUCGUUGUUUCAUUACGAAGAGUUUCAGUUUUAUUGGAAUUUCAUUCUAUGAGUGACAUAAGUAACAGUUGCAAUUUUUCACCCAAGCUCUUGAUUCAAGUGCGUGUAUUCAGAGUUUGUUUCUGAGACGGCGAUUUUAGUCAAUCUGUAUGCAACUGUUACGCGUUACCUCGACUAUGUCUUACCAAGGAUCACCAUAUUCGGGCCCGGGUGACGACUAUGAUUUUGAAGACGAUGGAUACGACGAUUUAGAUGAAUAUAGGGAUCAAGAGGACCCGUUGCCACCACCUCCAGUCGACGAUAGCGAUGAAGACACAGAAGAAGCUAGUGAGACAGACAUACCCCACAAUGAUGAGCCAGUGGAGAUCAAGGAACAAAUGUAUCAAGAUAAGUUAGUAAAUCUAAAAAAGCAGCUACAGCAGUUAGAAGAUGGAGUGCAUCCGGAAUUCCUGAGGAGGGUGAAAAGGCUGGAGCAUCAGUUACAUGAGAGAUUAAGGCUCAACAAGAUAUACAAAGAUCACAUGCAUGAUGUGGUAGAAAGAGAAUAUAUAUCAGAGAAGAAGGCAGCGGCAAAGGAGUUUGAAGAGAAGAAAGUAGAGUUAAGAGAGAAUUUACUCAAUGAUUUUGAAGACAAGAGAAAAAUGAUUGAAAAUGAGAGGCACAGUAUGGAGCUAAAUGGUGAUUCUAUGGAGGUGAAGCCAGUAAUGAAGCGGAUACUGCGGCGGCGCGCCAACGAGCCUGCGCCGGCGCCGGAGAAACGUCGCAAGCCGCUGGCCACCACGCUCACCUAUCAACUGGACGAGCGCGACGUGGAGGCCGACCUGCGAGCCAUCGCACGCCACGCCCCCUCGCCGCCCAGGCACGCCCCCGCUCACAACAACCAGCCCAGGAAACACCACAACUCAACCAGUUCGACGUGCGCGGGCGAGUCACCGGUGCGCGAGGGCGAGGCGACGGAAGCGAGGGUGGAGGAUGGCAAGCUGUGGUACGAGCGGCGCUGGUUCCACCGCGGACAGAGCGUCUACGUUGAAGCUAGAGGUCGCGAGAUCGGUCGCUUCGCCGGACACAUACAUGCAAUCACCGAUGAAGCGAUAUGGGUGAAGAAAACGAAUUUGGAACGCGUGAGGAUAUACGUGUCUCAGUUAGCGCGGGGUAAAGUGACGUUAAAGAGACGGGCAUCGUAACUAAGUGAUAAUCCGUGCAAGACUGUUCUGUACAUAGUUUAUAUGUUAUUUGUGUAUCUGUGAAAUGGGAUAUAACUGAAGAUUGGAUGUGCCAAGGAUACAUUGAAGUGUCGGGGAUGUUCAACGUAUACGGUACUGUACAAUAUCAGAUAUAAAUAUUAUCAUCAGCUCAUUAUAAGUCUCCAAAAAGGGGCUCGAAGCCUACCAAGUUAGGAGUGACUAGGCCAAAGUCAACCACGUUAGCCCAGAGCGGGUUGACUUCACACUUAUUGUAAAAUUUCUUAAUAGAUAUGUGCAAGUUGCAUCAAUAUGUCUUCCGUCACCGUA